ACCCCUAAUCCCUCGGCCCUAGAGUUUCCUCUCUAUUUUUUUCUCUUCUUCUUGACCUCCCUGUCCCUCAAAAUGGGUGAAUCUACUCCACUCUGCUCUCGGCUCCUCAUUCUUAUCCUUUCUGUGACCCUUAUCUUAUUCCACGGUGAAUCGACACAUUUCAACCAAGGUGAGGAUCCAUGGCUUAUUGAUGAGAAGAUUGAUGAUAAUGUUAAAAUGGAUUACAGUCAGUGGGCUUCUCAGAAGAGUUGCGACAUGUCUAUUGGCAAAUGGGUUUACGAUUCAUCGUACCCUCUUUAUGAUUCGACUUGCCCUUAUCUUAGUGACGCAGUUAAUUGUCAAAGAAAUGGAAGACCAGAUUCCAACUACGAGAAAUGGAAGUGGAAGCCUCAUGGCUGUGCAAUGCCUAGGUUUAAUGCAUUGAAUUUUCUUGGGAAGAUGAGGAGGAAGAGGAUAAUGCUGGUGGGGGAUUCCAUAACCAGGAAUCAGUGGGAGUCUCUUGUUUGCCUUGUUGAAUCAGUCAUUCCAACUGAGCAAAAGAUUGUGACCUACACUGGUCCAACCAUGGCCUUCCAUGCCUUGGAUUUUGAAACAUCUAUUGAGUUUUGCUGGGCUCCAUUUCUGGUGGAAUUGAAGAGGGAGGGACCUCUGAACAAAAGAAUUCUACAUUUGGAUAAAAUAGAGGAAAAUGCAAGAUUUUGGAGAGGUGUUGAUAUUAUUGUGUUUGAUUCAGCUCAUUGGUGGACACACACCAGUGAUUCAACCACGUGGGAUUUUUUGAUGGAGGGGAAUAAAAUGUUCACAAAUAUGAACCCAAUGGAUGGUUAUGAGAAGGGACUCACUACAUGGGCUAGAUGGGUAGAAUCAAACCUUGACCCUCAACAAACGUGUGUUAUUUUCCGAAGCGUGUCGCCUCAGCACAACAGAGAAAGUGGCUGGAAAUGUUACAACCAAAGAGAGCCUCUGGAGGACUACUUGAGUUACCAACUUCAUAUUCCAGGACAAUUGAAAAUACUUAAAGGGGUGCUGAAGCAGAUGAGAUUUCCAGUAUACUUGCAAGAUAUCACAAGAAUGUCUGAGCUAAGAAGAGAUGGUCAUCCAUCAGUGUAUGCCAAGCCUUUGAAUAAGCAGGAGAGGCAGCACAAUACUAGAGACUACACCUCUGACUGUAGCCACUGGUGCCUUCCUGGAGUCCCUGAUAUCUGGAAUGAGAUGUUGAAUGCACUAAUCUAGCUCUAACUAGAUUAUAGAGAAACACAAACUGUGUACCAAUUUGAGGAAGUGUGGGGUAGUUGGAAAUAGAUUGAAGUGCCUUUGAGUGUUUUGUGUGAUAGAAAUUUCUUCAAGGUUUCUAUCAUCUAUGAUUUAUAUAUAUCAAAAUGAAAUGUUGGGGAAAAAUGAUGAAUCUGAGAAUGUGAGACGGGGCUUAUUGCUAUU